CUCUUCGACAAGCUGAUGAAGAUGACCUUUUAUGGGCAGUUUGUGGCUGGCGAGGACCAGGAGUCCAUUCGGCCCCUGAUCCGGCAUAACAAGUUGUUCGGCGUGGGCUCCAUCCUGGACUACGGCGUGGAGGAGGACCUGAGUGCGGAGGGCGCCGAGCGCCAGGAGCUAGAGUCCUGUACCUCGGAAGCGGAGAGGAAGGGCGGAGGCACCAGUAAGAGGGAGAAGCAGUACCAGGCCCACCAGGCCUUUGGAGACCGCAGGGACGGCGUCAUCAGUGCCCACACCUACUUCUAUGCCAAUGAAUCCAAGUGUGACAGCCACAUGGAGACGUUCCUACGCUGCAUUGAGGCUUCAGGUGGAGCCAGCGAAGAUGGCUUCUCAGCCAUUAAGCUCACUGCACUGGGGAGACCCCAGUUUCUAUUGCAGUUCUCAGACGUGCUGACCAAGUGGAGGCGGUUCUUUCACCAAAUGGCUGCAGAGCAGGGGAAGGCCGGGCUGGCUGCCAUGGACACAAAGCUGGAGGUGGCGGCACUGCAGGAAAGCGUGGCAAAGAUGGGCAUUGCGUCCAGGAAGGAGAUUGAGAGCUGGUUCACAGCGGAGACCCUGGGCUUAUCCGGCACCCUGGACCUGCUGGACUGGGACAGCCUUAUCGCCAACACGACUGCGCUCUCCAAGCACCUCGUGGUCCCUAACAUGCAGACAGGGCAGCUGGAGCCCCUGCUGUCUGGGUUCUCUGAGGAGGAGCAGCAGCAGAUGAGGAGGAUGCUACAGAGAAUGGAUGUGCUGGCCAAGAAAGCCACCGAGGUGGGGGUGCGGCUGAUGGUGGACGCGGAGCAGACGUACUUCCAGCCGGCCAUCAGCCGCCUGACCCUGGAAAUGCAGCGCAAGUUCAACGUGGAGAAGCCGCUCAUCUUCAACACGUACCAGUGCUACCUGAAGGAUGCCUAUGACAACAUCACCCUGGACGUGGAGCUGGCUCGCCGGGAGGGCUGGUGUUUUGGAGCCAAGCUGGUGCGGGGCGCAUACAUGGCCCAGGAACGGGCCCGCGCUUUGGAGAUUGGCUACGAGGACCCCAUCAACCCCACGUAUGAGGCCACCAACACCAUGUACCACAGGUGCCUCAAUUAUGUCCUGGAGGAGCUGAAGAACAACGCCAAAGCUAAAGUGAUGGUGGCCUCCCACAAUGAGGACACGGUGCGCUUCACACUGUGCAGGAUGGAGGAGUUGGGCCUGCACCCCGCCAAUCGCCAGGUGUACUUUGGACAGCUGCUGGGCAUGUGUGACCAGAUCAGCUUUCCACUGGGCCAGGCAGGCUUCCCUGUGUACAAGUAUGUACCCUAUGGCCCUGUGAUGGAGGUGCUGCCCUACCUGUCCCGCCGCGCCCUGGAGAACAGCAGUGUCAUGAAGGGCGCCCGGCGGGAGCGGCAACUGCUAUGGCAAGAGCUCAAGCGGAGGCUCUACACAGGCAACCUCUUCCACCACCCAGCCUAG